UCGUUGUUUUCCAUCAGGGGAAUAUUAUUUUGACAGUCAAGCUUUAAGAAUAAUUUGAUCCCACUGUUGCACCAGGCUGCCUGCGUCGCUGUGUACCAAUUAGGAGCUGAAACGUUGCAGGAGAUCUACCCCCUCCCCCAUAAAUGCAGCACAGAACAGGAACGGAGAGAAGGAGAGAGAGAUGCUGUGUUUGGUCUACCGCCAUAUUCAGACAUACGGCUGAGGUUUUGUGCUUUUAUUUCUCGCUUUAAUAUCAUCUAUCUAAUUAUAUCGUAGUAAUACAGUUUAUUUAAAGGAUUGGGAGGGACCUCGUUAUUUUAACAACAAAAUCCAGCUCAGAACAAUGGCGAAUGUGCACAAGGGCGGAACGUCAUUUAUUUUCCUUCUUUGUGUGCUGGACCUGGCUUUCGGACAAAUUUUCUACUCGAUUCCGGAGGAACUGGAGCAUGGAGCCUUUGUCGGGAAUAUUGCGGAUGAUUUAAAAUUGCACGUUUGGGAAUUAAAAGGUCGUAACCUUCGGGUGGUGUCCGAUAAUGCAAAGAAAUAUGUGGAGGUAAAUCUGGAGAAAGGGAUUUUAAUUAUCGCCGAGAGAAUUGACAGGGAACAGGUUUGUCGACAAACAUUUGCUUGCUCACUUUUUUUAGAAAUAGCGCUCGACAAUCCGUCGGAAAUGCAUCGCGCUGUCCUUCAAGUAAUAGAUAUAAAUGAUAAUUCACCCAGUUUUGAAAAGAACGAAUUUUCAUUGGAGAUCAGCGAAUUAAUUACUCCAGGGUCACGCUUUCCGGUCGAGAGUGCGCAUGAUGCGGACAUGGGCAGAAACACAAUCAACAAUUACUAUAUUAGCCCAAACGAUCACUUCAGCCUCGAAGUCGAGUCAAGAAGUGAUGGGAGUAAAAGCGCUGAAUUGUUGUUAGAGAAGCCAUUGGAUCGUGAACUACAGUCUCGCUAUGACCUCGUCCUGACGGCCAUCGAUGGGGGGAGUCCUCACAGAUCUGGUACAGCUCGAAUUGUUAUUACAGUACUGGACAGCAACGAUAACGCACCUGUUUUUGAUCACGAGAUAUAUAGGAGCAGUAUUGCUGAAAACAUGCCUCAGGGUACACUAGUGGUAAAGAUUAACGCUGUUGAUAUAGAUGAAGGAACCAACGCCGAAUUGACAUAUCAUUUCACAAGACACGUUUCCCAAAAAAAUCGCAAACUGUUCAAAUUAGAUUCCGUGACGGGAGAAAUUGUAGUUCAAGGAGUACUGGAUUUUGAAGAAUCUCGUGUUUAUGAACUUGAUGUACAAGCAGUGGAUAAAGCUCCUUCCUAUAUGGUAGGACGUGCCAAGGUUCUAGUCGAGCUAAUAGAUGUGAAUGAUAACGCACCGGAGUUAGAGGUAACGUCUGUAUCUAGAACAGUAACCGAAGAUGUGCAGAUUGGAACCGUGAUUGCUGUAAUCAAUAUAGCUGACCUAGAUUCAGGACAAAAUGGUCACAUUUACUGUGAAGUUCCAAAGAAUAUUCCAUUUAAACUUCAGACGGCUUUGAAAAACAACUAUAAAUUAGUCACAAGUGGUGUUCUUGAUCGCGAAACGACCCCGCUGUAUAACAUUACAAUUUCAGCAUGGGACGGAGGCACACCCCCGUUAUCCACGCACAGGAGCAUUUUGGUCUCUGUUUCGGACAUAAACGACCAGGCACCGAAGUUCACACAGCCGUCAUAUAAUGUGUAUCUGAUGGAGAACAACACUCCUGGUGCUUCUAUAUUUGCAGUUACCGCUUUAGAUUCUGAUAUAAACAAGAAUGGUGAAGUGACGUAUUCUAUUGUGGAAAAUCAUAUGCCAAAGAAUCCUGGAUAUGUCACUCUUAAUUCCAAAAAUGGUAAUAUUUACUCGCUUCGCUCCUUUGACUAUGAAGAACUGAAACAAUUCCGGUUCCAAGUUCAAGCCCGGGACGGUGGAUCACCCGCACUGAGCAGCACUGCCGCGGUGCAUGUUAUUAUCUUGGACCAAAAUGACAAUGCGCCGGUUAUUGUCUCACCCCUAAUGUGGAACAGUUCUGCAUUAUUGGAGAUUAGACCGCAGUCAGUUCAUCCAGGAUAUCUAGUUUCCAAGAUAAUCGCCACUGAUGCCGAUUCUGGACAAAAUGCACGGCUUUCCUACCAAGUGUUGGAGGCGACCCAUCCGAGUAUGUUUACUCUGGAUCCCCUGUCCGGACAACUCAGAGCAACUCAACAUUUUAGGGAUCAAAAUAUCACCAAUGAAAAGUUGAUCGUUUUGGUAAAAGACAACGGGCAACCGUGUCUAUCCAGUACUGCCACAAUCUCUUUUACAGUCGCAUCCAAUGUUACAGAGAAAUCUUCCGAACGAGUUUCUGAAGUUAAAGAUUCUGAUUAUUUUUCGAACUUAAAUCGCUAUUUAAUUAUCAUUUUGGGAUCAACUUCGUUUGUGUUUCUUACAGUCAUUGUUUUCUUGGUUGUACUGAAGUUUAAGCAAAAGAGUAAUAUUGCUGAGGAAUACCGCACUCCAGUUUCUUGUUACAGACAGCGAAACUCUAAUGAUACCUCCAACUCGAUGCGUGCGGGGAACGAGUCUUUAAGCUAUGGUGGUCCUGGUCAGUGCGAAGAAUUUGGCUAUACUGUGUGCUUAACUCCAGAAUCGUCCAAGAGCGAUUUUCUAUAUUUGAAACCUGUCCACCCCACUUUGCCCUUCAACGAAGUGAAUACCCAGAACAUGGAGCGUGGGGCCUUUGUUGGGAAUAUCGCCGAGGAUUUAAGGCUAAACAUUUGGGAAUUAUCGACUCGCAGAUUUCGGCUGGUCUCCGACGACAUAAGGCAAUAUAUAGAGGUAAACAUGGAAAAUGGCAAAUUAUUUACUAAUAAAAAAAUAGACAGAGAAGAGAUUUGUAGACAAAAUCCCACCUGCUCCUUUACUUUUCAAAUAGCGCUCAAGGACCCCACGGAAAUGCAUCCUGUCGAAGUCGAGAUUAUAGACGUAAAUGAUAAUUCGCCCAGUUUUGAGAAGGCAGAAUAUUCGUUGCGGAUCAGCGAGUUAAUUGCAACAGGGGCGCGUUUCCCCCUCGAAAGUGCGCACGAUCCCGAUGUGGGCACAAAUACAAUCAGCACUUACCAUAUCAGUGCGAAUGGGCACUUCGCUGUCAAAGUGCAGUCGAUGAGAGAUGGGAGUAAAAGUGCCGAGCUGUUAUUAGAGAAACCACUAGAUCGUGAGCGGCAGUCGACAUUUCAUCUUACACUGACAGCCAUUGAUGGCGGGGUUCCUCACAGAUCUGGCACAGCACAGAUUAUCAUCAACGUGGUAGACGCAAACGAUAACGCACCUACGUUCGACCAAGAAAUCUACAGAGCGAAAGUACCAGAAAACGCCGCCAAAGGUACAUUGGUCAUAAAACUUAAAGCUGCUGAUUUGGAUGAAGGUACCAAUGCUGAACUGACGUACUCUUUCACUAAUCAUGUUACUAAAAGGAAUCGCGCGUUGUUCACCUUGCAUCCGAGAACUGGAGAGAUCAGAGUUCAAGGAACAUUGGAUUUUGAAGAAUCACCUGUUUGCGAUCUUGACAUACAAGCUGUCGAUAACGCUCCGCCUGGAUUGUCCGGACGUUGCAAAGUUGUGGUUGACAUUAUUGAUAUUAAUGAUAAUGCCCCCGAAUUAGACGUGACUUUGGUGUCAAGUGCGGUGCAAGAAGACACUCCUCCAGGGUCUGUGAUAGCACUAAUGAGUGUAACGGAUCUUGACUCCAGUAAAUAUGGCAAAGUUCAGUGCCAGAUUCAAGGGAAUAUUCCGUUUAAGCUCGAACACCCUGUGGUGAACAGUUAUAAGUUGAUUACAGGAGACGUUCUCGAUCGGGAAACGGUGUCACUCUAUAACAUUACCAUUUCAGCCUGGGAUGGAGGCUCGCCUCCACUAACCACAAGCAAAGUUGUAACAGUUUCGGUAACUGAUAUAAAUGACAACGCACCGAGGUUUACACAAUCCUCAUAUAACGUGUAUCUGAUGGAGAACAAUAUUCCAGGCAUAUCCAUAUUCGCUGUUACGGCGCUAGACAUUGACUUGGGUAGGAACGGAGAAGUAUUCUAUUCUAUUCUGGGAGGUCAAUCGCAAGAACAGUCUGCGUCUGUUUACGUCACGAUUAACUCCAAAACGGGCAACAUAUACCCACUGCGCUCCUUUGAUUAUGAGCAAAUGAAGCAUUUCAAGAUCCAAAUUCAAGCCCAGGAUGGUGGAUCACCACCAUUGAGCAGCACUGCUAGUGUCAAUGUAAUAAUUUUAGAUCAAAAUGAUAAUCCGCCGGUUAUCACUUCUCCUUUAACGUGGAACGAUUCUGCAACGAUGGAGAUUUCGUCCCAGUCCGUAUAUCCAGGUUACUUGGUCACCAAGGUUCUAGCAACAGAUGCCGAUUCCGGCCAAAACGCACGGCUGUCCUACCAAUUUGUAGAGGCUACUGGUCGCAAUUUGUUUACCGUAGGCCUUCUCUCUGGCGAAAUUAGAGCAACACGGCACUUAAACGACAAAGACAGAAUAACAGAAAAACUGGUAAUCUGUGUGAAGGACAAUGGACAGCCGAGUCUCUCCAGUACGGCCACAAUCGUGGUUUCAAUUUUAUCUAAUAUUACUGAGCAAUCUUUGGAUGGAACUAACAAACCUUUGCAGCCUGAGUACUUUUCUUAUUUGAAUCGUUAUUUGAUUAUCAUUUUUGGAUCAACUUCCUUUCUGUUUCUUAUAACAAUUAUUCUUCUCGUGACUUUGAAGUUGAAGCAAGGAAGUCGUAUUAAUGGAAACUAUAAUUCUAAUGCACGUUGUCACGACCGUAGGAAUUCGACAGAUGUCUUUAAUCGGGGAUACGCAACAAACGAGCCAAUUAACUAUACUGUACCUUGUCAGACUGAAGGAUAUCGCUACACAGUGUGUUUAUCACCAGAAUCAUCGAAAAGUCAGUCCGAACUACCAUUUUGGCCUCAGACACGGAAUGACGGGACACAAAGUGCGGAACCUAUAGUGGAGAAACCGUUGGUCCGUGAGCAAAGAUCGUCCUUUCAACUUAUGCUGUCUGCUAUUGACGGUGGGGUACCGCUGAGAUCUGGAACAAGCAGGAUUUCGAUUACUGCCCUUCACAUCAAUGCUAACGCACCUGUAUUCGAUCACAAAAUAUACAAUUGUAGUAUACCAAAAAGCUCACCCAAAGGGAUCUUAGUGAUAACAGUCCAUGCGACUUACACUGAUGAAAGUAAGAAUGGUGAGCUGAAGUAUGACUUCACCAGCCAUGUUUUCCAAAAUGUUCGAGGUUUGUUCAACCUGGACCCAAAAAGUGGCGAGAUUACAGUUCAAGGUAUUUUGAAUUUUGAGGAAUCAGAUGUUCAUGAACUUGGUAGAGAAGCAGUGAACAACGCAGAAGCAGGUAUGGCGGGACGUACGGAAGUUAUGGUUGAGCUAAUAGACACAAAUGACGAUGCCCCUGCGUUAGACUUGACAUUGGUGUCCAGCUCCGUGGCGGAAGAUGAUCCUCCAGGUACAAUCGCAGCUCUGAUCAGUGUUAUAAAUUCAGACUCUGGAGAAUACGGACAAGUAGAAUGUCACACUCCAGUAGAUCUUCCGUUCAUAUUUCAAAGGACAUCGAGAAACAGUUACAAGUUAGUGACAAGUGAUAUUUUGGAUCGUGAAACCGUCCAGACUUACAGCAUCUCUAUUUCAGCCAGGGACGGAGGGUCUCCCUCCCUGUCAGCAAAUAAAACACUUCCAGUGUCCAUUUAUGAUAUUAAUGAUAAUGCACCGAGAUUGACACAAUUUUCAUAUAGCAUAUAUCUGAUGAAAAACAAUGCUCCGGGUGCUUCUAUUUUCACGGUCACGGCUUUGGAUUCGGAUUUGGGCCCUAAUGGAGAGAUUGUGAAUUCUCUUAUGGGCAGUCUCAUUGAUGGGGUACAGAGAAAAUCUUAUGUCUCGAUCAGUUCUAAAUAUGGGAUCAUUUACGCCCUGCGUGCCUUUGAUUAUGAAAAUCUGGAACAUUUUCAGAUCAGAGUUCAAGCCUGGGAUACUGGAUCUCACAAACAGAGCAGCACUACAUUUAUAAAUGUUGUUAUCUUGGAUCAAAACGACAAUGCUCCUGUCAUUGUUUCACCUUUAACGUGGAACACUCAGCUUCAGCAGAAAUUCUAUCACCGUCGGUGUGAACGUGGGAAAAUGAACCUGCUGCCCUGUGAGCAAAGCCAACAAGACACAAACAAGACAGGCCUGUGCUUGCUGUUGGACAUUGCAAAAAGAAUGGAAACCAGAGUAUUGAAAAAUCAAGAAAGAGCAAUGGCAAACAUAUUCGGCAGCAGGGCGUCUUUCAUUUUUCUGCAAAGUGUAUUGGACCUUGUUUUGGGGCAAAUUCACUACUCGAUUCCCGAGGAGUUGGAGCAUGGGGCCUUCGUAGGGCAUAUUGCUGAGGAUUUGAGUCUGAACGUUCGGGAAUUGUCGGGCCGCAAAUUUCGACUGGUCUCUGACGGUGGAAAGCAAUACAUGGAGGUAAAUCCGAAUAGUGGAGUAUUAUUUGUUAAUGCAAGAAUCGACAGAGAACAGCUUUGCAGUAAAAGCUCUGCCUGCUUCCUUUCUUUUCAAAUAAUGCUCGAAAACCCUUCGGAGAUGCAUCGCGUUUCAGUAGAAAUACUGGACAUAAAUGAUAAUGCACCUAGCUUUUCAAAGGACGAGUAUGUUCUACGGAUCAUUGAAGCCAUUGCACCAGGAACGCGUUUGCCUCUUGAGAGCGCCCACGAUGCAGACGUCGGCACGAAUGCUAUUAGCGUUUACCAGAUUAGCGUAAACGAACACUUUGGCCUAAAUUUUCAGACGAGAAAUGAUGCGAGUACAAGUGCCGAACUGUUAUUAGAAAAGCCCUUGGACCGUGAACUACAGUCAACUUUUGACCUUGUGCUUACUGCCGUUGAUGGUGGGAUUCCUCACAAAUCCGGCACUGCUCGGAUUCGAAUUUAUAUUAUGGACGUAAAUGAUAACGCGCCGGUGUUUGAUCAGGAAAUAUACAGGGCCAACGUUGAAGAAAACACCCCGAAAGGCACUUUAGUAAUAAAACUCAAUGCUGUUGAUUCGGAUGAAGGCACAAAUGCUGAGCUAACAUAUUCUUUCACUCGUCACGCUUCGCAAAAGGCGCGUGAGGUUUUCAAAUUAGACCCGACAACCGGAGAAAUCAGAGUUGAAGGAGCACUAGAUUUUGAAGAUUUGGGUACGUAUGAGCUCGAUGUAGAAGCUGUGGAUAAAGGCCCCUAUCCAAUGGUAGGACAUGCGAAAGUUAUCGUCGGAUUAAUCGAUAAGAAUGACAAUGCCCCUGAGAUUGAAGUGAUGUCAUUAUCCAGUACAGUACCGGAAGAUGCUGCACCUGGGACCAGGAUAGCUACGAUCAGUGUAAGGGAUGUUGAUUCCAAUGAAAACGGACAAACUCAAUGUGAUGUUGAAAUGGAUGUACCAUUUCAAUUACAGACGGCUUUAAGGAACAGCUAUAAUUUGGUCACCAUUCGUGCUUUGGAUCGGGAAACAAUCCCAACAUACAAUAUAUCCAUUUCGGCUCGUGACAAAGGAUCUCCGCCUCUCGCCACCAAGAAGUUUCUAAUUGUGUCAGUUUCUGAUGUAAACGAUAAUGCGCCAAGAUUUACACAAUCCACGUACAACGUGUUUGUAAUGGAAAACAAUAGACCCGGUGCUUCUAUCUUUGCUGUCACUGCUUCGGAUCCAGAUUUGGAUCAGAAUGGAGAAGUGUCCUAUAUCAUCUUGGAAAAGCAAAUUCAACACGGAUCUGCCUCUCCUUAUAUUACGAUUAGCUCGAAGAGUGGAAAUAUUAAUGCUAUACAUCCAUUCGACUAUGAAAAGCAGAAGAGCUUUCAGUUCAAAGUUGAAGCUCGGGAUGGUGGAACACCCGCCCUGAGCAGUACUGCCAUUGUGGACGUUAUUAUUCUAGAUCAAAAUGACAAUGCUCCUCUUAUUAUUUCGCCUUCAGCGUGGAAUGCUUCGUCAGCUGUGAAGAUUCUGGGUCAAUCGCUAUACCCGGGGAACUUGGUCACCAAGGUAAUCGCAAUCGAUGCGGAUUCAGGGCAGAACAUGCGGCUUUCCUUCAAAAUUCUUGAAGCCACUGAUCCCAGUCUCCUCAGUGUCGGCCUACUUACUGGAGAAAUAAAAGCAGUCCGACGUUUUCAGAACUACGAUUCUACAGUACAAAGAGUAGUUAUCAUGGUGAAAGAUAAUGGACUGCCCAGUCUCUCCAGCACGUCUACAAUCUACUUUUCAAUCAUACCCAAUGAUACAGAAAAGAUCUCCGUGCAUAGUCACCAAGCCAGAAAUCCAGAACAUUUUUCGAAUCUGCAUGUCUAUUUAAUUAUCUUGUUUGGUUCUACAUCCUUUACGUUUCUUGUAAUCAUAAUUUUCCUGGUUGCACUGAGGUGCAAACAAGCCAGAAAUUCAAAUUAUUAUGAGUCUACAAAUUAUUGUUGCUGUAGGCGGCAGGAGUCGGAUGCUGCUUUUAAUCGGAGAGCCGUGCCGAAAGAAUUGAUUAGUUAUCCCGGCGGUCUUCAGACAGUCCCCAUUUCUGAAGGGAAUCAGUACACUGUCUGUUUAUCUCCAGAAUCGUCCAAAAGUGAUUUCUUAUUUUUGAAGCCUUGUGAUGUAACUUUACCUCUUAAUCAUUUGAGUGUUCAUCGCAGCAGUGUAAGAAAUCUGGAACUUCAGAUGUCGAAUUAUAUUGUUGACUCAGUUAUACGGCAUGGAUCUAUCGUCGGGGAGUAUUCAGGAAGUAGAAUUGGUGUUAAAAUGAUCUACUCCGAUUCCACACUCAGGUGGAUGCUCAUGCAACACAUCAAUAUGACAAUGGCGAUUAUGAUGGUGAGCCGGAUGCCCAUCGUUUUUUUGCUCUCUGUUUCUAACCUGGCUUCCGAACAACUUCGCUACUCGAUUCCUGAAGAAAUGGAACGUGGAGCCUUUGUUGGCAAUGUCGCUGAAGAUCUAGGAUUAAAGGUUUGGGAAUUACCGACUCGCAAAAUUCUGCUGCUUUCUGAUUACUCAAAGCAAUACAUGGAGGUAAAUGUGGAAAAUGGCUUCUUGUUUGUUAAUGAAAGAAUCGACAGAGAACAGCUUUGCCCCAAAUCCCCUGCAUGUUCUCUAUCUUUCCAAAUCUCGCUCGAUGAUUCACUAGAAAUGUAUGCCGUUGAAGUGGAGAUACUAGAUGUAAAUGAUAAUUCGCCUGUAUUUUCGAAGAAGGAAUUUUACUUGCAAAUCAAUGAGUUAAAUGCGCCGGGAGCACGCUUCCUUCUCGAGAGCGCGCGUGAUUUGGAUGUGGGUACCAACACGAUCAACACUUAUCAGAUCAGUCCGAACGAGCACUUCGGUAUUAAAGUGCAGACAAGAUCAGCAGGGAGUAAAAGUGCCGAGCUGGUAUUAAAGAAGAAUUUAGACCGUGAACAGCAUUCAACAUUUACUCUUGUAUUGACGGCCAUCGACGGUGGGAUUCCGCACAGAUCUGGCACAGCGCGGAUCAUAAUUAAUGUCAUGGAUGCAAAUGAUAACGCACCCCUAUUCGAUCAUGAAACCUACAAGGCGACUGCGCUAGAAAACAUCGCGAAUGGUUCCUUGGUGCUAAGAGUUCGUGCUACUGACAUAGACGAAGGGACAAACGCUGAGGUAACAUAUUCCUUCACCCAUCACGUUACCCAAAAUAUUCGAGACAUGUUCAAAUUGGACGCUGUGACUGGAGAGAUCAAAGUUCGAGGAGUGCUCGAUUUUGAAGAAACAAAUGUUUAUGAAUUUGCCGUCCAAGCGGUGAAUUCCGCUCCACCUGAAUUGUCAGCUCAUGCAAAUGUUGUCAUCAAUGUAGUUGACACGAACGACAAUAGCCCUGAGUUGCAAAUAACAAUGCUAUCCAGUGCUGUACGGGAAGAUGCUUCUUCGGGGCUUGGUAUAGCUCUCAUCAGCGUAACGGAUCGCGAUUCUGGCGAAUAUGGUGAAGUUCAGUGUCAGAUCCCAGAGACCAUUCCGUUCAAGAUCGAAAAAUCUUUGAAGGACAACUACAAGUUGGUAACCAAUGGCAUUCUGGAUCAUGAAAUAUCUCCGCUAUACAACAUCUCCGUUUCAGCCUGGGACGGUGGAUUUCCUCCACUUUCAGUAAGUAGAUUCAUUGUGAUUUCAGUAAUUGAUGUCAAUGAUAAUGCGCCAAAAUUUACACAAUCGUCAUAUAACGUGUAUCUGACGGAGAACAAUACACCCGGUGCUUCCAUAUUUGCUGUGAGUGCAACGGAUGCGGAUUUGAAUCAGAAUGCCGAAGUUUCUUAUUAUAUUAUCGAUAAUCAACAGCAAGAAGUGCCUUCUUCCACGUACUUCACGAUUAACUCCAAAAAUGGUAACAUUUACGCGUUGCGCUCCUUCGACUAUGAGCAACAGAAACAUUUCCGGGUGAAAGUUCAAGUUCAGGAUGCUGGAUCGCCUCCACUGACCAGCACUGCUUUUGUAAACGUCAUUAUCUUGGAUCAGAAUGACAAUGCACCCAUUAUUGUUUCACCUUUAACAUGGAACUCAUCAGCUACAGUAGAGAUUCUGCCGAAGUCAACAUAUCCAGGGUACCUUGUCUCCAAGGUACUUGCCUCUGACGAGGAUUCUGGCCAGAACGCAAAGCUUUCAUACCAGCUCUUGGAUGUCACUGAUCCUGGCCUUUUUACGGUCGGAUAUCUCACCGGAGAAAUCAGAACAACGCGAGCAUUUAGCGAUCAAGAUACCAAAACAGAAAAAUUAGUCCUCUGUGUGAAGGAUAAUGGAGAUCCAAUUCUUUCCACGACAGUUACAAUCUCCUUUCCCGUAAUUAUCAAUGUUACUGAAAAAUCAUUUGAACAAAUUGAAAAACCAAGUCGAUGGGGCUAUUUUUCAGAUAUAAAUAGUUAUUUAAUCAUUACCUUGGGAUCCAUUUCCUUUUUAUUUCUUAUACUCAUCAUUUGUUUACUCAUCCUGAAAUAUAGGCAAGAAAGCAAUAUUGCUGCAAACUAUAGCUCCACAGUUUGCUGUUUUAGUCGUAGGAAUUCGGAUGGUGGCUCGAAUCGAAGACCAACAGGACGCGAUGCUUCGAGUUAUAGAGGUGCCGUUCAGACUGAAAAUUAUCAUUAUAGUGUGUGUUUGUCACCAGAAUCGUCGAAGAGUGACUUUCUCUUUUUGAAACCCUGUCAUCCUACAUUGCCUUUCAAUGAAAUAGGUGAUCAUGACAACGCAAGUAAAAAUCAACAAAGAGCAAUGGCGAACAUAUUCGGCAAUGGGGCGUCUUUCAUUUUUCUGCACAGUGUAUUGGACCUCGUUUUGGGGCAAAUUCGCUAUUCGAUUCCUGAAGAGCUAGAGUAUGGGGCCUUUGUCGGGAAUAUUGCUGAGGACUUGAGUCUAAACGUUCGGGAAUUGUCGGGCCGCAAAUUUCGACUGGUCUCUGACGGCCGAAAGCAAUACAUGGAGGUAAAUCCGAAUAGUGGAGUAUUAUUUGUUAAUGCAAGAAUCGACAGAGAACAGCUUUGCAGAAAAAACUCUGCCUGCUUCCUUUCUUUACAAAUAAUGCUCGACAACCCUUUGGAAAUGCAUCGCGUUUCAGUGGAAAUAUUGGACAUAAAUGAUAAUGCACCUAGUUUUUCAAAGGACGAAUAUGAAUUACGGAUUAUUGAGGCCACAGCAGCAGGAACGCAAUUUCCUCUUGAGAGCGCCCACGAUGCGGACGUCGGCUCGAAUGCAAUUAGUGGUUACCAGAUUAGCGCAAACGAAUAUUUUGGCCUAAAUUUUCAGACGAGAAAUGAUGCGAGUACAAGUGCCGAACUGUUAUUAGAAAAGCCCUUGGAUCGUGAACUACAGUCAACUUUUGACCUUGUGCUUACUGCCGUUGAUGGUGGGAUUCCUCACAAAUCCGGCACUGCUCGGAUUCGAAUUUAUAUUAUGGACGUAAAUGAUAACGCGCCGGUGUUUGAUCAGGAAAUAUACAGGGCCAACGUUGAAGAAAACACCCCGAAAGGCACUUUAGUAAUAAAACUCAAUGCUGUUGAUUCGGAUGAAGGCACAAAUGCUGAGCUAACAUAUUCUUUCACUCGUCACGCUUCGCAAAAGGCGCGUGAGGUUUUCAAAUUAGACCCGACAACCGGAGAAAUCAGAGUUGAAGGAGCACUAGACUUUGAAGAAUUGGCUAUGUAUGAGCUCGAUGUAGAAGCUGUGGAUAAAAGCCCCUAUCCAAUGAUAGGACGCGCUAAAGUUAUCGUCGGAUUAAUCGAUAAGAAUGACAAUGCCCCUGAGAUUGAAGUGAUGUCAUUAUCCAGUACAGUACCGGAAGAUGCUGCACCUGGGACCAGGAUAGCUACGAUCAGUGUAAGGGAUGCUGACUCCAAUGAAAACGGACAAACUCAAUGUGAUGUUGACAUGGAUGAGCCAUUUCAAUUACAGACGGCUUUAAGGAACAGCUAUAAUUUGGUCACCAUUCGUGCUUUGGAUCGGGAAACAACCCCAACGUACAAUAUAUCAAUUUCGGCUCGUGACAAAGGAUCUCCACCUCUCGCCACCAAGAAGUUUCUAAUUGUGUCAGUUUCUGAUGUAAACGAUAAUACGCCAAGAUUUACACAAUCCACGUACAACGUGUUUGUAAUGGAAAACAAUAGACCCGGUGCUUCUAUCUUUGCUGUCACUGCUUCGGAUCCAGAUUUGGAUCAGAAUGGAGAAGUGUCCUAUAUCAUCUUGGAAAAGCAAAUUAAACAUGGAUCUGCCUCUCCUUAUAUUACGAUUAGCUCGAAGAGUGGAAAUAUUAAUGCUAUGCAUCCGUUCGACUAUGAAAAGCUGAAGAGCUUUCAGUUCAAAGUUCAAGCUCGGGAUGGUGGAACACCCGCCCUGAGCAGUACUGCCAUUGUGGACGUUAUUAUUCUAGAUCAAAAUGACAAUGCUCCUCUUAUUAUUUCGCCUUCAGCGUGGAAUGUUUCGUCAGCUGUGAAGAUUCUGGGUCAAUCGCUAUACCCGGGGAACUUGGUCACCAAGGUAAUCGCAAUCGAUGCGGAUUCAGGGCAGAACAUGCGGCUUUCCUUUAAAAUUCUUGAAGCCACUGAUCCCAGUCUCCUCAGUGUCGGCCUACUUACUGGAGAAAUAAAAGCAGUCCGACGUUUUCAGAAUUACGACUCUACAGUACAAAGAGUAGUUAUCAUGGUGAAAGAUAAUGGACAGCCCAGUCUCUCCAGCACGUCUACAAUCUACUUUUCAAUCAUACCCAAUGAUACAGAAAAGGUCUCCGUGCAUAGUCACCAAGCCAGAAAUCCAGAACAUUUUUCGAAUCUGAAUGUUUAUCUAAUCAUCUUGUUUGGUUCCACAUCCUUUAUGUUUCUUGUAAUCAUAAUUUUCCUGGUGACACUGAGGUGCAAACAAGCCAGAAAUUCAAAUUAUUAUGAGUCCACAAAUUAUUGUUGCUGUAGGCGGAAGGAGUCGGAUGCUGCUUUUAAUCGGAGAGCCGUGCCGAAAGAAUUGAUUAGUUAUCCUGGUGGACAUCAGACUCUCCCCAUUUCUGAAGUGAAUCAGUACACUGUCUGUUUAUCUCCUGAAUCGUCCAAAAGUGAUUUCUUAUUCUUGAAGCCUUGCGAAGUAACUUUACCUCUUAAUGAUUUGAACGUUCAUGGCAUCAGUGUCGGAAAUAAAUAAUUUUCAACUGGAAAUAUUUCGUAACGAUGUAUUGAUGACCGGCUUUACCUAUCGUUCGUUACAUUUAUUGCCAGUAUCCACAUUACCAUGUCUCAAAUUUGUAGAGAUAUUAAUCAUGAUGCCUGUUUGCUUGAUGUGAAUGUUUUGAAUGGCUUCAGAAGAGCAUGUAGUAUUGACGCUAGAGUACAAAGCUCACUACUUUAACUGCUGAUUGUCAUUUUCUUUUGUCAAAUCAAAACAUUUGGAGUCGACAUUCCCGUGUUCACUUGAAAUGUAGUCGAUGACGUCUGUAAAAUCUUUCUGUUCAUUAUUUCUCCUUAAUAUUUGAUUUUAGUUGAGAAUUACUGCAGCAGUUAAACAUUUUAAAAUAAGCAGAUCUUGCAUAAUAUCGUCAGAUUUUAUUCCCUGAUAAUGUACAUUGACAUCAAAAGGAAUAAAUUUAGCUGUAAACAAA